UGAGAAAAUAACAGAGGACAAGCAGGUUGUGUUUUGUUUUCAUUUUUUUUUCAUUUGGAUUUUUUUUGUUUUCGGUUUAUCAUUAUUUUUUUUUGUUUGUUUCGGAUCCAAUAAUGGGACUUGUUAGUCGUAUUUUUGGUGGUCCAAUUAGUGAUACUGGUCCUUCGGCUCCACGAAAACCAACACCGGGAUUAAAUCUACCACCAGGUGCUUAUAUACCUGAUUAUAAAAUCUACAAAGUUGAAGAUGCUCCCGAAUUGUUGACAAUUCAACGACGUUUAGCUGCACGUGGAUUAAAAUCCCAUUGGUUAAGGAACGAAGUAUGGCGUUAUAAUCGUAAACAAUUUGGUACCGAAGCAUGGCGUAUUGCUAGUUUGAUUACCUAUGGUUGGAAAUAUGCUGUACCAUUAUUGAUUGUUACAGCAAUCUAUGAAAAUUAUUUUAAUAAAGAUGGUCAUCAUGGUGGUGGUGGUGGUGGUGGACAUCACGAUGAUCAUGGCCAUUCGAAUAGUCAUCAUUAGAAAUAAAAAAAAUUGUUUAAAAUUCUAGAAUUUUUUUUAUUACAGCUGUAAUUCAUUUUUAAUAAAAAAUUAUUAAUAAAAAAUUGAUUAAUUUGGUCA